AUGCCUGAAAGGCCUCCACCACCGAUAGAAAGAUUUGACGGAACUUCAGACCCGGAACAUCACAUCAGAAAUUUCAUCGACUCUAUGGCCUUCUAUUCCAAAAGUGACCCGAUUAAAUGUAGGGCCUUCUCUCUAUCCUUGAAGGGAGAAGCGUUGGAGUGGUACUACACCCUCCCUCCUAAUACAGUGGACAACUUCCGCACCGUCAUCACCUUAUUCAGAAAACAAUAUGCAGCCAAUCGAAAAGAGGAAGUGACUGCCGCAGAACUUGUCAACCUUAAGCAAGAUAAGGACGAACCCCUCAGAUCGUUCAUGCAGAGAUACAACAAAGCAGCCAGGCGAGUGAAGGGCGUCAACCAGGCGUUCAUCAUCAGCAUUUUCCCUAAUUGCCUGAAACCGGGAUACGUCUCGGAACAUUUAUACGCUAAACUACCUAAUUCGAUGGAGGAACUCCAAGAAAGAAUGACCGAGUUCAUUCGGAUGGAGGAUCAACACCUGACGGAGACCCCCACAAGCGGGAACAAGAAAGAAAUAAGACAAGUUCGUGAAGGAGACCAAAGGCCUCUUAGAAGAGAUCUACCCGUACCCUUAGGCCCUCGGUACGAUCACUACGCACGCUUAAAUGCGCCACUGACAAAAGUGUUCAAGGAGGCUUUAAGCGCCGAACUUAUCAACGUAAGAAAGCGACCCACACCUCGGGCCACUAACGAAACUAAGGCCUGCCUAUUUCAUGCCAACCAUGGACAUGCUACUGAAGAUUGCACCACCCUAAGGGAUGAACUAGAAAGGCUCAUCCGAGCGGGAUAUCUCCGGCAAUUCGUAAAGAAGGGACCAAAAUCGCAUAAACGAUCUCCCAGAAGGGAAACAGUAUGA